AGUUGUUGACUUUUUGGCUGCUAAGGGAAUUGGGUAUAUGAUUUAUAGACUUGCAGUCUCACCAAUUCCUCAUUCUUUCCCAUUCACGAGGUUGAGGUUUCUGUAGAAAUCAUGGAGAAAACUAGUUUCUGCAUUGCAGCUGUGGUGUUGGUGUUGGUGUUGGUGAAUCAUUCAACGUUUUGUUGCUUGGCUAUGACUAACUUAACCACAGAUCAGUCUGCUCUUCUUGCCUUCAAAACCCAAAUCAUCAGUUCAUAUCCCCACAAUCUUUUGGCAGAUAAUUGGACCAGUUCUAGCUCGGUUUGCGACUGGUUUGGAGUCUCUUGUGGGAUAGGCAUAGGCCAACAGAAGAGGGUCGCUGCCUUGAAUCUAUCGGAUAUGGGUCUCACAGGCACCCUCCCUCCACAACUGGGUAAUCUUUCAUUCCUUGCCUUGCUUGACAUUAGUUUCAACAGUUUUCAUGGACCUAUACCGGAGGAGUUGGGUCAUCUGCAUCGACUAAAAGAUAUUAAUUUCGGGUACAACAACUUUAGCGGUGGUUUACCAUCUUGGUUUAGUGCCUUACCACAACUACAGAACUUACUUCUCUACGAGAACAAUUUCACAGGAAACAUCCCAGCAUCACUGUGCAACAUUUCAAAGUUGGAGACAUUGAAUAUUGGGUACAAUCGUCUACAAGGAAAAAUUCCACAAGAGAUUGGUAAUCUUUCCUAUUUGAAAUCAAUGGAUUUGAAAUAUAAUGAGCUUACAGGUUUCAUACCCGCUGCCAUCUUCAGCAUGUCAUCUUUACAAGAGAUUGAUCUCACAUCUAACAGCUUGGAUGGUAGUCUACCAGUAAAUAUGUGUGAUCAUCUUCCUAGGCUCCGACGUCUUUAUCUUUCCUUGAAUCGCUUUGAUGGACAGAUUCCAUCCGUUUUAUAUCAAUGCAGGGAUCUUCGGUAUUUAUCUUUGUUAUCGAAUGAAUUCAAUGGCAGCAUACCUCGCGAAAUUGGCAACGUGACCAUGCUCAAGGUAUUGUACAUUGGAUAUAACAACUUAGAAGGUGAAAUUCCCUUGGAGAUGGGUCAGCUUGUCAAUUUGGAGGAACUGAGUGUAGCCAGUGGAUCUCUUACAGGGCAUAUACCAUCCGCUAUCUUCAACGUCUCUUCUUUGAGAAAAAUUAAUCUCUCAAAAAAUAGAUUGUCUGGAAAUCUGCCCCUAGGCAUUCAUUGUGAUCUCCCUUCUCUUGAAGAGCUAUAUCUUUCAUGGAAUCAGCUUUCUGGCCAAUUUCCGCCUGCCUUGUGGGAGUGCACACAACUUCGAAUGUUGUCCCUAUCAGUCAAUAAUUUCACAGGCAGCAUAUCUAAUAGAGUUGGGAACCUUACAUUACUAAAAGAUUUAUAUCUUGGAAAUAACAAGUUGACAGGUGAAAUUCCCUUGGAGAUGGGUCAGCUUGUCAAUUUGGAGGAACUGAGUGUAGCCAGUGGAUCUCUUACAGGGCAUAUACCAUCCGCUAUCUUCAACAUCUCUUCUUUGAGAAAAAUUGAUCUCUCAAAAAAUAGCUUGUCUGGAAAUCUGCCCCUAGGCAUUCACUGUGAUCUCCCUUCUCUUGAAGUGCUAUAUCUUCCAUGGAAUCAGCUUUCUGGCCAAUUUCCGCCUGCUUUGUGGGAGUGCACACAACUUCGAAUGUUGUCCCUGUCAGUCAAUAAUUUCACAGGCAGCAUAUCUAGGAGAGUUGGGAACCUUACUUUACUAAAAGAGUUACACCUUGGCUCUAACAAGUUGACAGGUGCAUUACCAGAAGAAAUUGGAAAUAUUAAUCUUGAGAUAUUAAGUAUUCUAGACACAAGCUUAACUGGCUCAAUUCCUUUCCAAAUCUUCAAUGCGUCAGCAACAAAAAUCAUUGACCUGUCUGACAAUCAGCUCUCAGGUUACCUUCCAUCUAGCCUUGGUCUCUGGCUUCCCAAUCUUGAAAAACUUUACCUAAGCCAAAAUAAGCUCAGUGGGAUUAUCCCAAGCUCUAUCGGCAAUGCCUCCAAGCUUACCAUCCUAGCCUUGACUACCAACUCAUUCACAGGCUCUAUACCAAGUACAGUUGGUAAUCUAAGACUUCUGCAGCGGCUCUUUGUUUCUGAAAAUAAUCUGACAAGAGAAUCUUCUACUCCGGAAUUAAGGUUUUUUACUUCUUUAGAAAAUUGUAGAAACUUGGAAGUGCUGGCAAUAUCACUAAAUCAAUUCAAUGGCAUCUUCCCUGCUUCAUUUGGCAAUCUCUCUACAUCAUUUCGCUUUCUAGAAGCUUUUGGUUGUAAAAUUAAGGGGAACAUUCCCAGUGGCAUUGGUAACUUGAGCAGCUUGGAGGGCAUAAGCUUAGAUAACAAUGAGUUGACAGGCAUUAUCCCGAGAACAAUUGGAAGGUUGCAAUACCUUGAACGCUUGUAUCUUGAACACAAUAAACUGGAAGGAUUCAUACCCAAUGAUCUUUGUUUGUUGAAUAAUUUGGGACACUUGUAUCUAAGCGGUAAUAACCUCUAUGGACAGAUACCCUCCUGCUUGGGUGAACUCAACUCCUUGAGAUCGCUUUAUUUAGAUUCGAACAAUCUAACUUCUGCAAUGCCUUCAACCUUGUGGAGCCUGAAAGAUCUUAUCGGUUUAAAUCUAUCCACAAAUUCUCUUAGUGGAUAUAUAUCAGCUGAUGUUGAACAUAUGAAGGUAAUAACACAAUUAGACUUGUCUUGGAAUCAGUUAUCAGGCAACAUUCCAAAUACCAUUGGGGGAGCCCAGACAUUACAAAAUCUCUCCUUGGCACAUAAUAACCUACAAGGACCUAUUCCUGAAUCACUGGGUAGAUUAAUCAACUUGGAAUAUUUGGAUCUCUCCAACAACAAUCUAUCAGGAAGCAUUCCUACCUCAUUGGAGGCACUCAGGUAUCUCCAGUAUUUAAACGUGUCCUUCAAUAGAUUGCAAGGAAAUAUUCCUACUGGAGGACUUUUUGCAAACUUCACAGCUCAAUCGUAUAUGAACAACUAUGGACUAUGCGGUGCACCUAGAUUGCAAGUCCCACCAUGCAAAACUAGAAGCCUUCAGCAACCAACAGUUGUGAAAGUACUGAAAUAUGUUUUACCUGUAGUUGCGUCUUUAGUACUUGUGGUUGUGGUGCUCAUGCUUGUUUCACUAAGAAAACGCAAAGUCAAAACACAAUCACGAAGUAGAGAAGAUUCAUGCUAUGCUGGAUGGCGAGCGGUCUCAUAUUUAGAACUCUUCCGGGCAACAAAUGGAUUCAGUGAAAGCAACCUGCUUGGCAUGGGAGGUUUUGGCCGUGUAUAUAAAGGAACACUAUCAGAUGGGAUGAAUGUUGCAAUCAAGGUUUUCAAUCUGCAGAUAGAAGGAGCAUUUAAGAGUUUCGAUGCUGAAUGUGAAGUAAUGUGCAACAUCCGCCAUAGAAAUCUCCUCAAGAUCAUUACCAGCUGCAGUAAUGUGGAUUUCAAAGCCUUGGUCUUGGAGUACAUGCCCAAUGGGAGUCUUGAAAAGUGGAUGUAUUCUGACACUUGUUUUUUGGAUCUCCAGCAGAGAUUAAACAUAGUGAUAGAUGUUGCAUCAGCACUCGAAUAUCUUCAUCAUGGCUAUUCAACGCAUAUUAUUCAUUGUGAUUUGAAGCCGAGCAACAUCCUGGUAGACGAAGAUAUGGUUGCACAUGUGGGUGACUUUGGUACAGGCAAACUUCUGGGCAAAGGAGAAUACAUGGCACAAACCAAGACCUUGGCCACCGUUGGAUACAUGGCACCAGAGUAUGGAACGGAAGGAGUAGUAUCCACAAGCGGUGAUGUCUACAGCUAUGGGGUAUUGUUGAUGGAAGUAUUCACAAGGAAGAAGCCCACAGAUGAAAUGUUUGCUGGAGAAAUGAGCCUCAAGUGUUGGGUGAAUCAGUCACUGAAUGGGGGCUCAGUGCUUGAAGCCAUGGAUGCCAGUUUGAUUGAACAAGAAGAUCCACAUUUGUCUGCAAAGGAGCUUUGUGUGUCAUCUGUCUUGCAAUUGGCCAUGGAUUGUGUGAAGGAUCUGCCCAAGGAGAGAAUCAACAUGAAGGAUGCUGCGACUACACUACACAAAAUCAGAAUUGCCUUCCUGUCAAAUGUUGAAGAGGGUGGCGCUUCUCCUAAGGAGUGGGACUGGUCUGAGACUUCAGGCAUUGGGCCUAAGGAACAUGUCAGCCUUCUUUCUAUCUAAUUUAACCUUGUAAGAGACAUUUAUGUAACAUAGGAACCAGGACGGAGUUGGGGGAGGCGGGAGGCUGAAAUUUUAAAAAUUUAAUGUAAUAAAAUUUGUAUGUAAUCAGAAAGUUGUACACUAAUGAUUGGUGUAAAUUCCCUAGAUUGAUUUUACUCACUAAGAAUUA